GGCCACUCAGCUGCGCCCAGAGUGGCGCAUCAUCAACCAGCUGUUGGGGAAGUCUUACACCCCCAGCAAGGGCUCCACCAGUCAUCUUCAGCUCCGCACCUUGCAUUGCCUGCACUCCAUGAGCCACGAGGUGGACAACCUCCAUCUGUCCUCCCUCAUCGCCAGGACUGUCGUCAGGGCUUCUCGGUGUGGUCGACCCCUGGCGUGUGGGCCGGUGGUCACUGCCCUGGCACGGUACUACAACAUCGACCUCUCCAGGUUCACUCUCAUCCAGGAGGCGAAGCCCUUCUCCAGGGACACCCUACGGCGCCAGCUGAUACUAGAGAAGGAGGGGGACGUGACCUGGAUCCGGGGCCUUCCUCGCCCUGUUCCUCGUGCACCAGCGGGUGAGGAACUCCCUGAGGCGAGUGCUGCUGCGGCCAGUCGGGCCAAUCGUCGUCGGCGGAACACUCCUUCUGCGCCUGACGCCUCCACCUCUGCUGCCGGCCCAUCUGCUGCCGCCCCCAUCACUUACAUUGCCGAGCAGCUGGCGGCCCUUUCCCGCCAGAAUGAGCAGAUCCUUCUUGGCCAGGAGCACCUCAACGCCCGCCUCGACCGUGAGCGCGAAGGUCGCCGCCGCAUCAUCUCAGCUCAGCAUUACAUGAUGAGCUACUGGAACAUGGAUCCUGCUGCUGUUAGCUACCCUUGGGAGGCGUCCCCGGGGCAUGAGGACAACUACCCGCCCCCGACCGGCGAUGGAGGGGAUGAGUACUGAGCUGGCUUUGCUAGCCCAUCGAGUUGGGCUUCGCUUUUGUCUAUCUUUCCAGACUUAGACUCCGUAUUGUGUUUGGUUUUUAUUCCUUGUUCCGUAUUGUGUGGAUUGUUGACUUGGAACUAUGUUUUAUUUCACCCCAUGUGUGUGUUCUGUUGGUUCUAGCUCUGUGCCUGUCGGACUGGUCCUUGUCCAGUCCUCUGCUUUUGACUGGUCCGCCAUCCAGUCAACGUUCCUGACCACUGUUUCACGGUAACAUCGUUCCCCUUCCCUCGGCUCCAUUGAGGACACUGUCGCAUUUAAGUGUGGGGGGGUUCUUUGUAUUUAUUGGAACGUAUAUAUGGGUGCUUGGAGCCUAGCCCGCUGUCCGAAUCUUACGAUUUGAGGGCUCCAAGUACUGCUGUUUGAUCAUAUUGGCACUGUGUUUUGAUGGAUGAAUUGAUUGGUUUUCGGAUUAAUGCAUGACAACUUGUUUGCGACUAGGACAACCUAUGAUGAGGACUGAGAUGUGCAGUAGAACGAUGUAGGGGUUCAGUUUUUAAACUGUGUGCUUACCAACUGUGACUUGAUCUAAUCACUUGUCUUGACAGUCGUUUAUGCAUCUAGUUCAGGGUAUCAGAAUGUGAGAUAGAGCAUAUAGGUAGCCAUGUGAGAUUUGAGCCUGCUCGUUUCUUUCUUGUGCGAUAGAUCCCUCUUCCAUGAUGUGUAGCAUUCACGUUGUCACUAGCUAGGAUGAUGGGGGCAUAGGAUUAGCCCACGACCAAAUUUGACUGUCCUGAUGUGUCAUACCCUCUAGUCAGCCCCUUUGAGCCGUGUGUUAUCCUUUCUUUUUGGUCUAUAAUGAAAAAAUCACCCUUUU